AUGACGCCAGUGAGGAGGAGGGGCGGCCGAGAGGAGGGCAGCCGAGAGGAGGGGGGCGGAGAGGAGGGCAGCGGAGAGGAGGGGGGCCGAGAGGAGGGCGGCCGAGAGGAGGGGGGCGGAGAGGAGAGGGGCAGAGAGAAGGGGGGCGGAGAGGAGGGCGGCCGAGAGGAGGGCGGCAGAGAGGAGGGCGGCGGAGAGGAGGGCGGCGGAGAGGAGGGGGCCAGAGAGGAGGGCGGCGGAGAGGAGGGGGGCGGAGAGGAGGGCGGCCGAGAGGAGGGGGGCGGAGAGGAGGGCGGCCGAGAGGAGGGCGGCCGAGAGGAGGGGGGCGGAGAGGAGAGGGGCAGAGAGAAGGGGGGCGGAGAGGAGGGCGGCGGAGAGGAGGGCGGCGGAGAGGAGCGGGGAGCCAAGAGGAGGGUGGUGGAGAGGAGGGCGGCGGAGAGGAGGGCGGCGGCGAGGAGCAGGGAGCCAAGAGGAGGGUGGUGGAGGGAGGGCGGCGGAGAGGAGGGUGGUGGAGAGGAGGGCGGCGGAGAGGAGGGCGGCCGAGAGGAGGGCGGCGGCGAGGAGGGCGGCAGAGAGGAGGGGGGCCGAGAGGAGGGGGGCGGCGAGGAGGGCGGCAGAGAGGAGGGGGGCUGA